AUGUCGUUGGGCAUUGGCUCAAGCCUCGUAUUCGCCAUGAAGCUCUUGCCAAUGGUUUCCCUCGGUCUGGCAGCAGUGCCUGCUGUCCUCAGCCAGGCCCUGAAUGACCCGCUCGUUCGCAACACGACUUCUGGAAUGAUUCGCGGAUAUUUGGACACGAAUACCACGUCUGUCGAUCUCUACAAGUGGUAUGGUGUUCCUUUUGCCGCUACGACGGGCGGACAGAACAGGUGGCUGCCCCCGCAAACCCUUGAGUAUGCCGAUGGGAUCACGAACACCACCGUGUUCGGCGCGGCAUGUAUGCAAGGCAUAUACAACGCUGGGAAUGGGACACAGAACCAGAGCGAGGACUGUUUGUUCAUCAACAUCGUUGCCCCUGUAGGAGCGACGAAUCUUCCCGUCUAUGUGUAUUCAUUUGGUGGAGGGUUCGACAGUAAUGCUGCGUCGGACCCCAAAAUAGACGGGUCUUGGCUUGCAGCAAGAGACAUCGUAUAUGUCAGCUACAACUACCGAUUGGCAUUAUGGGCAUUCCCCAGCUCUAUUGAAAUUGCGGAGGCCGGCCAGACACAAAACUUGGCUUUGCUAGACACACGUGCAGCAGUCGAGUGGACGGUAGCCAACAUCGCGACCUUCGGUGGUGACCCUACCAAGAUCACCCUUGGCGGUGAAUCGGUGGGCGCAGAAAUGACGAACAUGUACCUGACGGCAUGGCCCGAAGAUCCCCUCAUUCGUGGUGCCGUUAUGCAAAGUUCUGAUACGUCGCAGCCCAUGUAUCCCCUUGGGCAGCAAUUGUCCAUAAUCGCUCAGAACGUAUCUUGCCCCGCACAACCUCCCGGGCAGCUUGAUUGCCUCCGACAGGUGGAUCCCUUCACCCUCCAGUCCGUCCUUAUCGCCACUGGCGCCCAGUUCCAGCCUGUGAUUGAUAACAUCACCGUCUUCCAAGAUUAUGUCCGGAUAACGAUUACUGGUCAAACAGCCAAGGUUCCGUUGCUUAUUGGUAACAAUAAGAACGAAGGACAAACGAUUGUGAAUGGGGAACCUACGUCAUACACGAAUGAGUCCGCAUACAUAAUGAGCAACAAUUUCAACUUCCCAAUGUCCAACGUUCCUCAGGUUCUCAGCAUGUAUCCUUCCCCAUCUCCGGAAUAUCCUUCCAUCAUCAACGCUACUAGUGCUAUGUGGCGUGAUGCACACAUGAUCUGUCUAUCAAGCAAUCUCGCUUUGUGGCGCACACAACUGCUACAACUGCCAGUUUGGCGAUAUGAAUUCGCACUCGUGGCGGACAACUUGAAUGCCGAGGGAGCUUCGAUAGGAACGUUCCACGGCGAGGAUAUCCAAUUCGUCAUGGGAACUCUAUACACUAUAGCAGACCAAGCUCCCUACAUUCCGGCUACACCAUUUGAGUGGAACGUGUCCGACUAUAUGGUUACUGCCUGGACCAACUUCGUCAAGGACCCUACCUUGGGGCCACGUAUUGAAGGAUGGAAUCAGUACAACCCUGCGGAUCCAACUUCGCUCGCAGUAUUGGGCAUAUCUGAGACUGGCGCCAUUCCUGGAAAUUCCAGCGCCAGGGACCACACUUGCCAGUACUGGAACCAGAUCCUACCUCUGUUCCCACGAACUUACCCCGACUGUGGAACUUGGACUUGCUCGGACUAG